UUUUUUUUUUUUUUAUAAGAAGCUCAAUUCUUCUUCUCCUCCUUAUUUUACUGAUUCGCUAAGAAAUUUCCUCCAUUAAUUUUCCGAAAUUUCUGACGUGCUUUCUCGUCAGCACGAGAUAGAGAUAGAGAUAGAGAUAGAGAUAGCGAUAGAUCUAUAAAUUAUAUUUUGAAACCCUCAAAUUGUUUCAACUUCAAUUGGGGGUUCUUUUCUUUCCUUUAAUUCCCCGUUGAUUUUUCGGGGUUUGUUGCUGCUCAGCUAAAGAAGAAAUUAAGCUGUAGAGAUCAAGAGAAUGUCGAGCGAUAUCGAGAACCAAUUUUCUCUGGCAUCUGAAUCUAUUGAAUCCCGUAAGAAUGACGAAUCAUUGAUGGAGCUUGGAUCUGGAGAUUUCGGGUGUGCACAUUACAGAAGGAGAUGUAAAAUCAGAGCCCCUUGCUGCGAUAAGAUUUUUGAUUGCAGGCAUUGCCAUAAUGAAGCUAAGAACUCGAUGGAAGUUGAUCCGCUGGAUAGACAUGAACUUCCUCGCCAUGAAGUGAAAUAUGGGAUUGAUCUUCAUUUUUCUUUUCUUUCUCAGAUUCAACAAAAUUGUAUUAACUGUGGGGUUUGCAUGGGGAAAUACUUCUGUGAAAAAUGCAAGUUCUUUGAUGAUGAUGUCUCAAAGAACCAAUAUCAUUGUGACCAAUGUGGAAUUUGCAGAACUGGAGGACAGGAGAACUUCUUCCACUGUAAUAAAUGCAGAUGCUGUUAUUCGAUGUUGUUGAAGGAUUCACAUCGAUGCGUGGAAGGAGCAAUGCACCAUAACUGCCCGGUCUGCUUUGAGUAUAUAUUUGAUUCAACAAAAGAGAUUACUGCCUUAGGAUGUGGACACACAAUACAUUUGGACUGUUUGAACGAGAUGGUGCGGCACCUACGGUUCACAUGCCCUGUUUGCUCAAAAUCUGUUUGUGACAUGUCAAGAGUGUGGGAAAGACUUGAUAAGGAGAUUGCCUCGACACCGAUGCCCGAAAUAUAUCAAAACAAGAUGGUGUGGAUCCUGUGCAAUGAUUGUGGAACAUCUUCCAAGGUCUGUUUCCAUAUUGUGGCACACAAGUGCCUGAGCUGCAAUUCAUACAAUACUAGGCAGACACAAGGAGGCCCAGCUUCCUGCUCAUCAGGGAUCUCAGAAAUGGCGAGAUAAUAACUUUUUAAUCAAAGCUUUCUUUGUGAAGAGCCUUUUUCUUCCAUGGGUGGGAAGCCACGAUGAAUUCCAUUGAAUGAUGAAAUUUUCUUUGGAGGAAAGGAAUAGGAGAAAAGUAAACGUCCAAUACUUCUUUGAGGGGUUAUUAUUUGGAAUCAGGGGAGCUGGUUUUUGAGAAAUGGCUGCUUCACACCACUACUGAGAUGUGCUCUAUGUUGUCAUUGUACGUGAUUUGCUGUUGCUCCUGAGCGACUGGAUAGAUAGUUGACAUGAUCUGCCCAUUUUCUGAUAGGCAGGCUCCAGUCUAAGUGCUAGUUGGCUUUGGCUUGGGAUUAAGAAAGGACUCAGGGAAGUUAGAGUUGAAAACAAGGAGAAGAAGAACAGUACAAAAUGGUGGACAAAUUCCCUGGGAACUCUUUGCCUUAUUCACUCCAUUCAAUUUAAUUUGAAAGAAGUUGAGCAUAGAUUUAGGAUGAACUUCUUUGUCAUCCUCCGAAAAGGGAGUGGUUACCGGCAAUAUUUCUCCACCUGAGUAAGACAGCAAUGAAUAUCUUCAUACAAGGGCUGGUCAAAAGCAGGCUUUUGAGUAAUCGGCAAUGGACACUGCCAUUUCGAUUCGAAUAGGCAAGAAUCUGCCUAAAAGCCCUAGAAACUCUGAUCUGAAUCGGCCCGAUUUGGGAUCGUUUUUCAAUUACCACUCCCACCAAUCCAAUCCUUAUUUCUCAAACCCUGAUCAAAAGGCAAUUUGAGACUUAAGGUACAGUGACUUAAUUUCUAUUGAAUGAAAAAUUUGGCAGAGUUAUAUGCAAA